UAUGGAAUGUUGGUGCUACUUACAAAUGACAACAAUUAUUUCUGACAUUCUGACAUUUCUGUGAUUGCUUAGAUAAAACAUAACCUCUUAUAACCCACACAUUUUAUUUAAAACUAUCAAAAAUUUAGCAAAUGCAUGCCGUAAUUUAAACAUAACUCAAACAUGGAUAAAUUGGAAGUAGAUCUACCUCCAAUUUUACCUGACGUUACUGAAGUACUUAAAGAUUAUGUUAUUUGUCCAGAAAGACUCCCUAUUCACAGAUAUGAAAGAAAUCAAGAAUUUUGGCCUCGAAAGCCAAAUUUGAAAGAUUUACUACAUUAUGAAGGGUUUCCCUUAUGCACCACAUUAAAGGUACAACGCGAUCCAAAUACUGGCGAAAUAAUUGAAUUUAAAGAAAUACUGAUUCAAACAACUGGAGCCAAUGCUAAGAAUUCAAUGUCUUUAAACCGAGCACCUGCUCCUCCAUCAGAAGCUGUCAGAGGCAAUGCAUCAUACAUACCCUUUCAACCAGGCAGCUUUCCAGAUCUAGUUUCACAGUUGCCAAAACAAGAAAUCCUAGAUACUGAGUUAUUAACAAUACCACCUGGUUUUUCCCGAGGGAUUAUUUUUGAUAAAGAUGGAAGAACAGUAUUAUCAAAAGAUAAAAAACCUGCAGAAAAAGAAUAUGUUGAGAAUUCAUCUGACGUCAUUAACUUGUUAGAAAUUAUACAAGAACAUGGUUUUUCUGGAUCCCCACAAAGUCAGGCCAUAGAACAAACAGAUGGUGAAGAAAUUAUUCAAACCGAAAAACGCGAUACACUUCCAGAAGAGGACGAAGUUUUGCCUAAUGACCCCCCUGUUUUAAACAUUAGCGCAAUACCGCCUCCUACUGAAUUUAAAAGCACUGAAUGGGCUAUUCUUCUUGAUACUUCUAAACCAGUUAGAGAUUUUAAAGAACGAAUACCAGAAAUGGCCUACCAAUUUCCAUUUGAAUUGGAUACUUUCCAGAAAUUGGCCAUUUUACAGUUAGAACAACAUAAUCAUAUUUUUGUAGCUGCUCAUACCUCAGCUGGUAAAACAGUUGUAGCUGAAUAUGCCAUUGCAUUGUCACAAAAACACAUGACAAGAACUAUUUACACUAGCCCUAUUAAAGCUUUAUCUAAUCAAAAAUAUCGCGAUUUUAAAAAAGAGUUUAAAGAUGUUGGUUUAAUUACUGGUGAUUUUCAAAUAAACCAAACCGCUUCUUGCUUAAUUAUGACCACAGAAAUUCUGAGGUCAAUGCUGUAUUGUGGUAGUGAUAUCACUCGUGAUUUAGAGUAUGUGAUAUUUGAUGAAGUUCAUUAUAUUAAUGAUCGAGAGAGAGGGCAUGUUUGGGAACAAGUACUUAUUUUGUUGCCAGCGCAUGUUUGUGUUGUGUUACUGAGCGCAACUGUUCCUAAUACUAUAGAAUUUGCUGAUUGGUUAGGUAGAACCCACCAAAGAAAAGUUUAUGUUAUCACAACUUACAAGAGACCUGUGCCAUUGAUUCAUUUUCUAUACACAGGAACAGGUGGGGGUUCCAGAGAUAAUCGCUACAUGGUUUUGGAUUCUGAAGGCUGGAAACUGAGAGGUUACGCCGAAGCAGUUGCAUCCCUGCCAAAGGCUGAUCCGAAAUCAACAUACCCUCAUACAAAACCCCAGUAUCAUAAUUUUACGCCUAAACAAGAAAAGGUUCUUUGGAACGGCUUAGUAGAUCAUUUGAAAAGAAAUAAUUUAUUGCCGAUCGUUGCGUUCACUUUUUCGAGAGCUAAAUGUGACCAAAAUGCCGAAAAUUUAAUGAGUUUAGACCUAACAACAAACAAGGAAAAAGCACAGAUUCAUAUGUUUUUUGAAAAAUGUGUAAGAAGCCUUAAAGAACCAGAUCGCAAUAUACCUCAGAUAUUAAGAAUGAGAAAUAUUUUACAUAAAGGUAUUGGAGUUCAUCACAGUGGAGUGCUUCCGAUUAUCAAGGAAAUUGUUGAAAUGCUCUUCCAGAAAGGGUUGAUCAAGUUGCUUUUCGCAACUGAAACUUUUGCAAUGGGCGUGAACAUGCCGGCACGUACUGUAGUUUUUGACUCUAUUACAAAACACGAUGGCCAAGAACGACGCAACUUAAAACCUGCCGAAUACAUUCAAAUGGCAGGACGAGCAGGACGUAGAGGCCUUGACAGUGAAGGAACUGUUAUAAUUUUGUGCAAAAAUAAAAUUCCGAAAGUGGAAGAACUUCAGGCCAUGAUGAUGGGAAGUCCUAAUGUAUUACAAAGCCAAUUUCGACUAACUUAUGGAAUGGUACUGAGUUUACUUCGCGUUGAAAGUCUCAGUGUGGAAGGAAUGAUGAGUAGAAGUUUCAGAGAAGCGGACCACCAGAAGAAAAUGGUGGAAAAACAACAAGAACUUGUUACAGUUGACAAACAAAUCAAUGAACUGUGCACCCAAGAACUAAGCGGUUAUCUGCAACCCCUCGUUAAAUUUUAUAAUUGUGCCUCAUCCUAUUUGGACGCAAGAAACAAAUGUUUGGACAAUGUAAUGUCAUCGCCUAAAGUAAUAAAGGUUCUGACCCCCGGACGAAUUCUUUUAUUAACGCAUAAAACGCACGUGAAUAAACUAGCUCUCUUACUAUCUGUACUUAAAGGCAAAAAACCCUCUUACAAAGUCCUAAUCUUGACUGACUCGAGCGCAACGGAACACCAAUCGCAGAAACAAGACCUGUGGUAUAAAAUGAUCGCUUUAGCUAACGACAACGUCUUUAUACCCAUCGGUUCGCCUGGUCAUGAAGUUUUAACUAUCUCAGCUCAAGAUAUUUUUGAAAUCGCUGAUAAAACAAUAAAAAUCGACACAGAACUAGUUAUUAAAGACUGGGAAAAGCGGCAGAUCGAACGGUUUAAGAAUGAUCCAAUUGGACAAACAUGCAAACAAGCGAUUCAAGAGUUGCACAAACUGACCAUGUCACUUAACGAAUUGACAAAAAAUAAAGACAGAUUGUCGUACCUUCAUAUGAUUCAAGAUCUAAAAGUUAAUGAACAACAGAUUCAUGAGGAUCUUCUGUUGAUGUAUAAAUUUAAAGACAUCUUAAUUGAUCAUUUGCCGAGUACACAAAUUCCUAAUUUUGAGGAGCAGUUCUCGUCUGUUUUUAUAAGGACAUUUUUGGAGAGGAAGAGAGAUAGUUUGAAACAUUAUCUUUCCAGUGCUAGUCUGUCUUUGUAUCCAGAUUAUGAAAAUCGAAUUGAAUUGUUGAGGAAACUUAAUUAUGUUGACUUACAAAACAGAGUUCAAUUGAAGGGGCGUGUUGCCUGCGAAAUGGGUAUGAACGAACUAUUAAUUACGGAAUUAGUUCUUCGCAAUGUACUGACUAAACUGCAACCUGCGGAAGUCGCAGCGUUAUUGUCUGCUUUAGUGUUUUCGCCGAAGAAAGACAACAAAGAAGAAGAACUCGUACAUAUUACGGAAGAUUUGACCAAGGCUAUGAAAGAAAUGCAGAAAAUUCAUUAUGAUAUUGCAAACCUAGAAAUGAACUUGGACAUCAAAACAGACGAAUUUCAAAACGAUUUAAAUUUUGAUUUGGUUGAAAUUGUGUAUGAAUGGGCCUCAGCAAAGCCUUUUGCCGACAUUAUGUGCCUAACUGAAAUCCAAGAAGGUAUCAUUGUACGCUGCAUACAACAACUGAACGACACAAUUUGUGAUGUUAGAAAUGCUGCAAGAAUUAUAGGAGACCCAGAACUUCAGAAUAAGAUGGAAGAAGCGUCCACUGCCAUCAAAAGAGAUAUAGUUUUUGCUGCCAGCUUGUAUACGAACGAUUUAUAAAUCCGUUUUUUUUUACUUACGUGACGUACGUGAUUUCCAAUAAAUAAAAAAGUUAUAAAUUU